UCACCCUGGACUCUAACCCCGAGCUGUAAUUCUGUCGACCCCAGUGACUCGGUGAUGACAUUUUCAUCCUAUCAGUCAGACAGUCAAAUACAAACGAGUAAGAGGAUGCUUUUCGCAGAGGCCCAUGGUAAUUGGUAUCCUUUUUUAUCCUAUUUACUUUUGCUGUGGGACUUUCUGUGGCGGAAAAAGGGCAAUCUCGUCACAUGAAAAUGCCGUACUAUGUUUCCCGUUUCUGAUUACUCCGCCAUGAUAGGAAGCUAGGAAGAAGAAGAAGAAGCAGAAGAAGGGUAUAUCAUAAAUCUCUCACGUUUCAGUUUCAGGUGGAAAAACGCCUUGAGAAAUUCUCUAAUGGUGGUGACUGAAUCUAAUAUCUUUAGGGUGUUGUCUUUUUUCACUGGUUAACGAAGAGACUCAUCAACUCCUACAACCAAGAUCUCACCUUUCUCUCAUCGGAAGCUGUUAAUUAAUGAGGGCUUAUGACUUCUCUAAUGCAAGAAGAGCAUGCGCAAAAUUACUAUAACAAGACCCAUAAAUUCAAAUAAAUUAUUUGUAAUGUGUGUACUUGAAGAAGCCUGCAGGUUACACAAGGCAGAAUUUCAAUUCACAUCAUUUUGUACCUAGGUGGACUUCCAUCUGCCGGGAAGUUCUACAGUCAUACUAAAAGAAGACAGAUAAUCCCAAUGGAAGAAUUACCGGCAUCAUUUCUUCAUAAGGAUAUUCCUCUACCGGUCUCUUCUCAUAAUGCUGCUAGACUUAACACAGAUGGGUCUGUGAAUUCUUUCUCCAAGGGAUUUGGUUUGUCAGGUCUGAAGAAGAGAGGUCAUGGAAGUCGUUCAUGGAUAAGGAUUGAUCGUAAUGGGAACUCAAAGAUUUUGGAUCUUGAUAAAACCACGAUAAUGAGACGUUGUUCACUUCCUGGCAGAGAUCUUCGGCUUUUGGAUCCUUUGUUCAUAUAUCCUUCUACAAUAUUAGGCCGGGAAAAGGCAAUUGUUGUCAGUCUCGAGCAGAUUAGAUGUAUAAUCACAGCUGAUGAGGUUAUUCUGAUGAAUUCCUUAGAUGGUUGUGUUGUGCAAUAUGAAUCAGAACUUUGCAAGCGACUUCAGAUAAGCAAAGAUCAAAUUGAUGAUCUGCCUUUCGAAUUCAGGGCACUGGAGCUAGCUUUGGAAUUAACAUGCAUGUCUCUUGAUGCUCAGGUAAGAGAAUUGGAAAUGGAGGUAUAUCCAGUUCUAGAUGAACUGGUAUCAUCUGUUAGCACUCUAAAUCUUGAACGUGUUCGUAGACUCAAAGGCCAUCUCCUUGCAUUGACUCGUCGAGUUCAGAAGGUCCGUGAUGAAAUUGAACAACUCAUGGAUGAUGAUGGGGACAUGGCUGAGAUGUAUCUGACAGAGAAAAAAGAGAGAAUGGAGGCUUACUCCUCAUCUGAGCAAUAUUUCCAGAAUAACGUCUUAGUUGGCGCUGGGAUGAUGUCAAAAUCUGCACCAGUUUCACCUGUUGACUCAUCCAGUGGGGCUCAUAGACUGGAGAGAGCUCUGAGCAGUAUCUUAAGCUCAAGCAAACAUGGAAGCUUAUUGGGUUCAUCUAAUAAUGGAGAAAGUAUUGUAGAGCUUGAAAUGCUGCUUGAAGCAUAUUUCGUUGUUAUAGACAAUACCCUGAAUAAACUUUUAUCGCUCAAAGAAUACGUUGAUGACACUGAAGACUUCAUCAACAUUAAACUGGGCAAUGUUCAGAACCAGCUGAUACAAUUCGAGUUGCUUCUCACAGCAGCUACCUUUGUGACUACAAUUUUUGCAGUUGUCACAGGAAUAUUUGGAAUGAACUUUAAACCUACAAUUUUUGAUUAUCCAUCUGCCUUCAAUUGGGUCCUGAUUUUAACUGGAGUUGCCACUGGGAUUAUAUACUUUUCUUUCUUGUUGUAUUUCAAGCACAAGAGAGUAUUUCCUUUAUGAAAGUGUAGAACCAAUAUACCACAUGAAAAUAAAUAACAAGAUUCUUCAGUGCAA